GAGCGAGACGUGGUGAGAGGGUGUCCAGAUAGACCAGAACAACAGAAGGGACUCAUUUUCACUUUUGCCUUCAAUUCCACGAUUUCCUUGCUUCAUCUUCCACCAGACUGUGACAGUUAACAGCUGGCUCGGAGAUGGCUGCCAGCGCCGCAGCCACGAAUCUCCUGCCUCUGGUGAAGAGCGUGGUGGUGUACAAGAAUGGAGACCCCUUCUACAGUGGACGGAGGUUCGUGGUCAACCAGCGACAGGUGGCCACCAUGGAGGCCUUUCUGACUGAAGUGACCCAGACCAUUGGUGCUCCACUUGCCAUCAGGACCCUGUACACCCCAAGGCAGGGCCAUAGGGUCACAGACCUUGAGGGCCUGCAGACAGGAGCCCAGUAUGUUGCCGCAGGCUUUGAAAGGUUCAAGAAACUGGAUUACCUGAACACAGGAGUGAAAAAACAUCCUGCCGCCCGUGAAGAAACCCAGGCCAAAGUCACCCAGAGGCCAAAUGUCUCAGCCAAAUGGAGGAAGUUCAUACCUGUGCCCUGCAUUUUACAUGUUUUCCGUAAUGGAGAUCUCCUUUGUGCACCAUUUCGGUUCAUCAUUCCUCGGAGCAUGCGGCAGGACCUGGAGCAGAUCCUGAGCCUGGUCACAGAGAAGGUCAGCUUACGAACCGGAGCUGUGCGCAGGUUGUGCUCUCUGGAAGGAGUGACUGUGUCCUCAGCUGUGGAGCUGGAGACCGGCCACUACUAUGUUGCCGUGGGAACUGAGAGGUUCAAGAAACUUCCAUAUGUGGAGCUGUUGGUUUCAAAAGCCACAGAGAGAUAUUAUCCAGGAAAGAGAAGGCUGUUAAGGAGAAAUGAGACCGGGAAAGCAGGAAGCGGCCCAGAGGACCAGUACAGUGACUCAGCUCUCCUCGACUCCCCUGACUCAGAUGGUCGGAGGGUGAAGUCGACAGGAGAUGAAGCUGCAGCUCCAGCAGCCACACAUCCGAGGAGCAGGAGAGACAGAGCUGACGAGACCUCCGCUUUCUUCGCCAGGCCGGUGAAGAUCCGCAACAGUAGACGACAGCCAAGGCCACCGCUCAGCAAUGGAUCUGUUCAGCCCAGCGUGUUUAAAAGAGCAGCACGGAAGAGAAGGGAGGAGGUGCGAGGAGCCGAGGAGGUGCUCGAGGAUGAAAACACGGCUACAGAGCUUCCUGUUGACCAGAGAGUGGCAGAGAUAGUGGAGGACGAGGAACUGAACAACCAAAAUGAUCCACAUACACACAACACACAGCAGAGCCAUAAUAUAAAGAGCGAGCAGCACAAUGAGAGAGAAAACCUACACAAGCAUAAUGGAAAGCAGGGUGGUGCAAAAGAGACAGAAAAUUCUGCUAAGACUGAGGAGUCUGCUGCUGAAAUACUGGAGCCUGAGCUGAAUCAGACCUCCUCAAAGUCACGGCCUUCGUCAUCCACCUCUCCGGGAAAGAAAAGCGAAGAAAAGGAGAGUCCACAGGACGCCCCGUCACUUACAGUAUGACAGAACCAUCAUCAGGAGGAUUUUGCAUCAUCGUAACAGCUUGACUACAGUCCAGCGAUUGCUCCUCAUGGCUACAUGAAUGUUUGAUUAAACUGGAAGUACUUUCACUGUGGUGAUUAGCCAAGUGACAAAAUUCAUUUGUGUUGGAAGAGUCAAACAUGUGAACAGCCUCAAAUAAAAUAAGAACAAACAGUACAGGAGAUGUACACAAUAUCAAUCUAUAAGCAUUAUAAGCUUCCUAAAAGGUAGUGUUUGUUGUAUUGGACAUUGGUUUAUGACACUGUGUCCACCUUAAAUUCUGAUACAGACAUUGUGUAGAUGUUAAAUGAUGCAAUUUAUUCCAAAUGCGAUAUGUACAUAAACAUAUUUUGGGACAUUUUAGGCCUGAAUGUAUUUUGAUUUGCAGAAAUCAGUGGUGGAAAUCAUAACAUGAAAAGUCGUGUUUUGCCAACAAUUUAUUAGUACAACAUCAGCCACAUCAAAAGCUGAAUAGAUGCAAAAAAAAAAAAAGUCAUCUGUACAGUGUUGCGUGUCAAUUAAAUACUGUGAGAAUAAAAACAUACACGUAUUACUUUGCACAUUAGUGUUAUUUCUGAAAUACCAAGCAGGGGAUGAGGAGAAAACAAGUAUGAA